AAUCUUCAUCAUUACCAAUUAUUCUCCAUUUUGAUGGAAAAAUAGUUAAGGAGUUCACAAGCGGAAUAGAACAUCAACUUGACAGACUUGCUGUUUCCAUCAGGAUAGAUGGACAGAGUGAGCUUCUUGGGGUUCCUCAUUUGAGCUCUAGUACUUGAGAAACACAGAAGAAUACAAUCAUAAAACUUCUUCAUCAAUUUGAUAUUUUUGAUAAAUUACAAGGAUGCGUUUUUGAUACAACUUCUGUAAAUACUGGUAAUAAAAAGGGUGUGUGCAUUAGAUUAGCUGCAGAGCUUGAUAGACCACUACUUCUCCUAGCAUGUAGGCAUCACAUCUAUGAAAGGCAUAUUAUUCACUGCUGGAACAUUUAUCCAAGCAGUAAAAUAAAUGGUCCAGAUAAUCCAUUGUUAAAGAAGCUUAAAGAUGUAUGGAACUCAAUUGAUCAAAAUUCCAUUGUGUUAAACAAAGUAAAAAUUGAAGAUAUUUCUGAUAGCUGGCUGCAGGUACAGUUCAAAGAAGCCUUAUCUUUUUCUCAAAAUAUUAUCAGAAUGAAAACAAUGAAAAAGGAUGGAUGUAGGUCUGAUUAUCUAGAGUUAGUGGAAUUGACAACAAUGGUUUUAUCUGGUGAUGAACAGUACAGGCUAAGAAAACCUGGGCCUGUACACCAUGCCAGAUUUAUGGCAAAGGGAAUAUACUUUCUGAAAAUGUAUCUCCUUCUAAACAACAUUUCUAGCUUGACAGAUUUUGAGAAGAAAGAAAUAAAUGAUAUGGCAUUCUUCACAGCUGUAUUUUACACUGAGUGGUUUAUAAAGGCUGAAAUUCCGGCUGUCGCUCCAUAUCAGGAUAUGAAAGCUCUUUGGCAGAUGAUGAGAUACUCAAAAAUCAAUCCUGUCCAGGCAAAACCUGUUAUAGAGUCUCUAAAGAGACACACCUGGUACAUAGACCCAAAUAUUUUAGUUAUGUCUCUUGUUGACAAAAAUGUACAAGAACGGAGUGACAUUGCCAAGAAGUUGUACUCAACCCCAAGACCUACAACUUAUGCCAUAGAAAGACAUCAAGUUAAUUUAAAUAUACUGAACUCCCUUAUGUUUAAUGAUGAUACUCCCCCAAGUUUGACCCUGCUUAUAACUGACCAGAGUUGGUUAAUUUUUCAUAUCUUAAACCAUGCAAAUGCUGAAGUACAGUGGCUUAAGACUCCAUCUGAGACAUGGGAUCUAAAUGACUAUUACUUAGAAUUCAAACAAUUUGUGAAUAAUCUUGAAGUAGUAAAUGACUGUAGUGAGAGGGAUAUAAAACUAGUUCAGGAGUUGAUCAAUAAAUCGCAUAAUGAGGAUAAAAGACAAAGUACCUUCCUCGUAUCAAACAAAUAUAAGAGUGAAAGAACAAUUAAAAAAAAAUGUGAUUAUGUAAAGAAUUCUUUGUUUACAAAAUAAAUUUAUAAACAUGAACUA